CAAUGUUUGUCUUCUGCAUCUGAUCUUGUGAAUACCAUGCUUCAAGUUGAAGUUCAACAACAAGCGCAAGGAGAAUCUUUUGGAGUACAACCAACUUAUGUGUACGGGAAAACGGGCAGGCCAAAGACUGAAAUACCAUUGAGCCUGCUGGAAUUUUUGAUAGAGUGUAAUUUCAAGCAGAAAGAUAUUGCCGAACUUUUUGGAAUUAGUGUCAGAACCUUGAGGAAAAGGCUUUCAGAGUAUGGCAUCAAAUAUGGAAAUAAAUUCAGUACAAUAUCUGAUGAAGAACUGGAUGUAAAAACUGAGCAGAUAUUAAUAAACCAUCCAGAUGUUGGCUAUAGAUCUGUGAGGGCACACUUACUUAGUGAUGGAGACCUGUUGUUAAACUUGCCACAGAGAGCAAACGCCAUGGUUUAGCAUCAGUAAUAGAAGUUCAGUGCCAGGGUUGUGGAGACAUAUUUAAAUUAAACACCUCUCCCAAAACAUCCACCUCAGAGAACCGAAACCGCUAUGACAUCAAUCUUCGUGCUGUAUGGGGAAGUAUGGUUACCGGAAGCGGAUUGGCCCAUUUGUCUGAAUGCCUGGGAACUAUGGGAAUUCCUACCAUGUCCCAACCUACCUUUUCUGCCAUAGAGAGUGAGAUUGGACAGUGGUGGUGUGAUAUCCUGAAAAAAGACAUGUUAAGAGCAGGGGCUGAAGAAAAAAGACUUGCCAUAGAAAGAAAGGAUUACCACCAGGGUGUUCCAGCAAUUACUGUUGUCUGUGAUGGAGGGUGGAGUAAAAGAAGCCACAAGCACACCUAUAAUGCACUUGGUGGAGUAGGCAUUGUCAUCGGUUUGGCAACACGAAAACUUCUUCACAUAGGUGUCCGCAACAAAUUCUGUUACAUCUGUGCUACAGCUGAAGGUCAACAAAGAGAUCCAGUGGACCAUGAAUGCUUCAAAAAUUGGGAAGAGUCGAGCCAAGCUAUGGAAGCAGAUGUAAUAGUGGAAGCAUUUUCUAAAGCAGAACAUGAUCACAGUGUUCGUUAUAUGCGUCUCAUUGCUGAUGGUGAUAGUUCUGUGUUUGCCCGCAUUCAAGAAACUGUUCCUGUGUGGGGGCCCUAUGUGACUAAACUUGAGUGUGCCAACCAUGCCUGUAAGUGUCUUCGGAGCAAUUUGGAAAAACUUGUCGAUCGAAAAAAUCAGUAUAAAGGUAAGGGAAAACUGACCCAAGCAGUUCGUGUACGACUGGUAUCUGCUGUGCGUUGUGCAAUCAGGAUGCGGUCAGAAGACUUGGAUCGCCAGUCCGCUGCAAGAAAAUUGGCUCAUGAUAUCCAAAACUCUGUAUUUCAUGUAUUUGGUCAACAUAACAACUGCUCAGAGUUCUGUAAAAGAAUACAAAAUGACCAGCAACAACCAACUUUGAUGAGCAGCACAGAAAGCCAAUAUCAUGAAACAGAAGAAAAUGAAAUGGUGAUCCAAGUACUUAAUAACCAACAUGCAUUCUGGACAGAUGGAUCCUCAUUGUUAUCACAAGAUCAGUCUCGAAUAGCAAUAUCAGGAACAACCCUUACCUCUAUUGAGAAAGAAAUCAUUGAUGAUGUUAGACCAAUUCUACAACGAGUAGCAUCAAAAUCAUCAAGGCUUCUUGGAAAUUUUACAACCAAUCUGGCUGAAGCGUGGAUGAAUGUCCGAGCCAAGUUUGACGGUGGUAAAUUCUUCAACAGAUGUCAACGGUGCUCGUGGCAUGCAAGAUGCUAUGGUGGAGCGCUCCGACAAAAUCUAGGUGUUGCUUGGUCUCCUACUGUGUGGAAAAAAGUGACCAAUACAGAUCCAACAACUGCAUUCACUGUAUUAUAUGAUACUAGAGAAAAGAAAAUCCAGCAGACUAGGAUGCUAGCAGCAAGACCUGUGCAAAAAGCAAGACGAUGGAAGAAAAAAAUGCAAAAAAACAAAGUUAGUGCUUCUCAAAAGGCUCAACAGGAAUAUGGACCAGCAAGACGAUGGAAGAAAAAAAUGCAAAAAAACAAAGUUAGUGCUUCUCAAAAGGCUCAACAGGAAUAUGGACCAGCAGCAAUUGAUGUGGUUCCUGAUGUUAGUCCAGAUGAGUUGAAUGCAAGAAUGACUGCUUUUGUACAGAGCCAUUUAAACAUUGGUGCUGAAGUCAAAAAGGCAAUUGAGGAAAGCACCCAUGCUCAAUCUCGGUCUGAUUUGUGGCAAAGUGAGAGGAGGAAAAGACUGACUUCAUCAAACUUCGGGGAUAUUAUAAAACGCAACACCCAUAUCCCAAUUCUGUACGGGACUUUCCAAGGCAACAAAUUCACAUCUGUAGGACUUGCAUCAGAGGCUGCCACAAUAGUUGAAUACAAAACCCUUAAAUAUUCACAAGGUGAUCCUGUUUCGGUUGAGCCUAAAGGCUUAUGCAUUGAUGAUAACCAUCCAUUUCUUGCUGCUAGUACCGAUGGUCUUAUAACAUCAGCUACAGAUGGACAACAAGGCCUACUGGAGGUUAAGAACUUGCUGCAGAAUAAAAAACUUACCUUUACAGAAGCUGCCAAAUCUGUUCAAAAUUUCUGCCUAGCUGUUGUCAAUGGAAAACUACAACUGAAGACAAGCCAUCAAUAUUUCUUUCAGAUUCAAGGACAAUUGAACAUUUUUAAUCUAGAUUGGGCUGAUUUUGUAGUGCAAGCUACCCAUCCACACCAGCUACAUGUUCAGCGUGUUCCUCGAGACGAAAAUUUAUGGCAAACAUCUAUGCUUCCAAAACUUAAAGCAUUUUAUUUUAAAUGUCUUUUGCCAGAAUUAGCUGUUCCGAGAUAUGGAAAGAGUCCUGGAAUUCGCGAACCUGGCAAUUGGGUCCAUGCUAUUCUUUAUCAUAUAAUCUAA